AUGGAAACAGAAACUCCGUCAUACAAUUCUUGGGCAAGUUGGUACAAAUCAACAUACACUGAACCAAGACACAAAAAACAACCAACAAAGAAGACAGAAACACAUCCGCAACACAUUGGAUAUGAGAAACCCUCUUUACUAGAACAAAAAACAACAGUCCCAAUAAAACAUAAUGUUCCAUCAGCACAAACAUUUCACGAUGGAGCUAUUUCGUGGGACUCGUGGUAUUCAAAGCAACAAUCAUUCACUACAAAAGAAGAUGAUGACAAAACACAAAAUUGUGAUGCUGAUACGAAUGAUCAAACAAAAAGGUUUCCAAAUGCAUUCAAAAAUCGCAACUUUCGGAAUAGGUCAGUAGUCUCCGCACAACCACCACAAAGACAAAAUGAAGGCUCAACUAUCAGCUCUGAAAGUCUUCUUGUCGACUCUAAUUCAAAACAACGAAAUGAAGCUACACAAAACUUCGUUGAUUUAACAAGAAGACAACGAUUGUAUAUACAACCUCCACAACAAUUGGAAAGACGAGACCAGGGAGUUGAUAACUUGACAACAAAAGACGUAAUUGAUCCAAGUUCACUCAUAAGAAAAGAAAGAGAAAAUACUCACUACCAACAAUACACAACCCCGUUUGUUUCUUUGGGGACGUUUGGAGGUUUGGGAUCUGUUCAAAACACACAACCCUUAAAAGUUAAAACAAAUGAAUUACCAAAACCAAUUCCAGAUUUUAUAAAUUGUGACGACAACGAAAUUUGUGUGAACGAUAACGAGAAAAACUCGAAUAUUACGAGUAAGGCUGUAGAAAAAGAACACAACAUUUCUUCAAUUAACUUGAAUAUGGAAGAAGAUGUGGGCGUCGAGUUCAACAAUGUAACAAAUAAUGUUUUGAUGGAAGAAGAAGCUGUAUCUGUUCCAUUAAAGUCGACAACACCAAUCAUCUCUUCAGACCAAAUCACUGAGGUUUCACAAGCUCAUCAAAUGUCGUCUUUAAUUGAAAGUGGCAAAAACGAUCGACCAAUUGAAACUGCUUUGUUCACAUGUUCUCUUAAUGAGCAAAACCCUCUCAUAAUAGAACCAAAAAAGGUUGGUCAACGAACUGAUUCGUGUUUUGCUCAAGUGACUGAUCUGUUGACUGAAGAUGAAAUUACUGAUUGCACAGUCUCGUCGACAGAAACGGCUGAAGUUACUGACGAUGAGAUCGAUAUUGGGUCCGAGUGGGUUGACCCAAAAAGUGUAUAUUUCUUCCACUCAAAACUAAGAGAAAUUCACCCAAUUAUGCAACACGCGAACAUUCUGUUCAGUUUGUCGUUUGUAGAGACUCUGUGCCGAUAUGGGGAAGACUUACAAUAUUGGCCAGAGGAGUCCUUUAACGUUUUGUUUGACAAACGCCGUCUUCAAGGUGUCGUGACUUCUUAUAUUCGGAGUGGACAAAUCAGUCAUGAAAUUAUGUGGAGAGUUAAAACUAUGAGAAAGGUGAGACUGUUUUUGGCAAAGCUUCAAUGCGAGCAAAAGACAGUGUUUCCUUUUAUUAGUCGGAAUUGGUGUGACAAUCUUUUCGAAGACAAACACAAAAAUGAAUUGGCACAACAAUGGAGUUUUACAAAUGACUUGGAACUCAUUGUAUGUGUCUGUACAUAUGGUGUUGGCGUAUAUAAUUUGUACAUCCAGAAUUACGUCAUCAACACCAUUCUUGAAACACAGUUUGGACUCUACACUCUCCAUGAAAAGACUCUGUUACUCGAACGAAGACUUAUACAUUUAGUGAAAGCCCUUUGA